ACAACUGUGCCGGACGAGGGCGAGAACAGCUUCAAGAUGCCCAGGGCUUCCGUGGUACACAUGACUUCAACGGCGACCAGGCCGCAGCACAUGUCACAGGUGUUAGCCACUCUGGCCCUAUCCAUGGGAACGUUGUCCUCGGGUCUAGCAAAGGGUUACACCUCGCCAGCCUUGGACUCUAUAUUGGACAACCAACCGCCUCACCUUUAUCAGUCCACAAACAACGACACCUGGUCGGCUUUCUCGGUGACGCAACAAGAAGCCUCGUGGGUUGCUUCGUUGUCGAUGCUGGGCGCGUGGUUCGGCGCUAUGAUCGGCGAUUGGAUAAUGAGACGAGGUCGUAGAUUGGCGCUACGAGUCACAUCUUUGCCCCUCGCUGUCGUUUGGAUCCUGACAGGCAUCGCGCCCUGCGUCGAAUUGGUCUACGUCACUAGCUUCAUCGGAGGACUUUGCUGCUCGGUGAUCACCAUGGUUGCCCAGGUAUACAUAUCAGAAAUCUCGAUGCCUGGAAUCAGGGGCUGCCUGUCGGCGAUGCUGAAGGUGCUCGGUCACGUCGGCGUAUUAUUGUCGUACAUAGCUGGCACGUACCUGAACUGGCGGCAAAGUGCACUCCUGGUAGCCGUGGCGCCGUCGAUGCUCUUUUUGGGUACACUCUUUAUACCCGAGACACCGUCGUACCUCGUACUGAAUGGCAAAGACGACGAAGCUGCCAGCAGUUUGCAAUGGUUACGCGGUGAUCACGUCGACAUACGCCACGAACUACAGGUGAUCAAGACGAACAUUCUAGCCUCCAGAGCGAAACAGUACGAGUUGACGUUCAAGAACAGCAUGUUCACGCCGAGAUUGUACAAGCCUAUAGCUAUCACGUGCGGACUGAUGUUCUUUCAGCGAUUUUCCGGGGCGAACGCGUUCAAUUAUUACGCGGUGAUCAUAUUCCGACAGACUCUAGGCGGAAUGAAUCCUCACGGAGCUACCAUUGCGAUUGGCUUCGUGCAAUUAUUGGCUUCUCUGUUAUCGGGAUUCCUGAUCGACAUCGUCGGCAGGCUACCGUUGCUGAUAGCCAGCACGGUGUUCAUGUCCCUCGCGUUGGCUGGUUUCGGCAGUUAUGCUUAUUACAUGUCACAGACGCAAAAUCUCGGCUAUCCAGACUCGGCCGUAGUCGGCCAACACGACUGGAUACCGUUGCUCUGCGUUCUCGUCUUCACGACCGCCCUGGCUCUGGGCAUAUCGCCAAUUUCGUGGUUAUUGAUUGGCGAGCUCUUCCCCCUGGAGUAUCGCGGCCUCGGCUCGAGCAUCAGCACCAGCUUCAGCUACUUCUGCGCGUUCGUUGGGAUUAAGCUCUUCAUGGAUUUUCAGCAGACGUUCGGUCUGCACGGAGCUUUCUGGUUCUACGCGGCAGUGGCCGUGUGCGGCCUCUGCUUCGUCGUCUGCUGCGUGCCGGAGACCAAGGGGAAGCAGCUGGACGAGAUGAACCCAGACUACGCUCAGGCACGGUAG